GAAGAUUAGUUUUCCUUCGAGAGGUUCUGCGAUCUUUGUCCGAGUAGGCUGGCAAAUCUCGAAAUUAACAGCCACCUUCCAGAACAGAGCCUGGAAAGGGGACUUCUCUAGCUCUAGACCUAGGGUUCUAUGAAGGAACACCUGUACCUGCGGAGUGUGGGAAAGGGGGAGUCAUCCGACCUAGUUUCCUCCUUUCUCUUUCUUUCCUCCCCCACCCUCCUCCGCCCCCUAUCACCCGGGGCAACCUCGGCUCGGCCCCUUUAAACAGAGGUUUCCUGUCCAGCCAGCUGCGAGAUGCCUAGAUGGACAGGGCGAGAGGGGGAGCUCUGUCUCUCUGUCCCUCCCUCUCUACCCUCCCUCCUUUCCUCCCGGCUCUCUGUCUCCCUCCCUCUUUCUCCUCGGAAGCUGAAGAGCCGGUGAGGCGGUGGAAGCAGCAGCAGCAGCAGCAGCAGCAGCAGGAGCAGGAGCAGGAGCAGCAGCAGCAGCAGAAGAAGAAGCAGAAGCAGCAGCAGCAGCAGCAGCAGCAGCAGCAGCAGCAACAGCAACAACAGCAGCAGCAGCAGCAGCAACAGCAGGAGCAGCAGCAGCAGCAAAAGCAGGAGCAGCAGCAGCAGCAAAAGCAGGAGCAGGAGCAGGAGCAGCAACAGCAGCAGCAGCAGCAGCAGCAGCAGCAGCAAUCUCUACCACCACCACUACCGCCGCCGCCGCCGCCGCCACCACCACUGCCGCCACCACCGCCGCGGCCGGAGCAGUAGCUGCAGCCACCAGCAGCUCUUUCCUUCUCUCUUUCCCUCCUUUCCUCCCUCCCUCCUGUGUUGUGAGUGUGACGCCGGGCGGCGGAGAGAGAGAUAGGGAGAGAGAAGGUUCUUGGACUUAGCCGGAGAGAGGAGCGAACCCUGCCUUCAGUACUCCGGGCUCGGAACUCCAAGACGCCGGGAACUGGGGCGCAGGGAGGGAGUGAGCGGCUGGAGCAGCUCGGUGGAGGCUGUGCCCUGGGGCAGAGAGACUACCGAAGGGUCCAGACUCCGGACAGACCCCAGGAGUCUCGAGCAGCCAGCAGAGCGCGGGCUUCUAAGCUCAGGAAACCUGAGGGAAGACUGAGCUGGGGAAGCGAACAGACAGCCCGUAGCCGUCUACAAACGUCAGUCUCCCUCCGGGGAGCUCUGGACCUGGGACCAGCGGCGCCGGGAGCCUGGAGAGCGGGGAGAGAGCUUUCCUUGAUAUAAACCGAGGAGCAGUACUCCUCACCCCGCCCCCCAACUAGAACCAACCCCCCCCCCACUACCCCCAUAGCCCUCCCCACUCCUGGACGUGGUUGGGGGCAUGUGAGCUGGAAGCCGCGGCAGCCGGCGGCGAUCAUCCGGAGGGAGAAGCCCUGCCCCAGCGAAGGACGGAGCCGGAACCGGAGCCGGGAGAGUAGAUGUCCAUGAGGAGCCCCAUCUCUCCCCAACUGGCACUCGAUGGCAUUGGGACCAUGGUGAACUGCACUGUCAAGGCAGAAGAAAAGAAAGAGAUAUGCCAGGAGGCUCCACCUGGCCAGCAGCAGGUGCCAGCCUCUGCUGCAGAACCCUUGACCGGAGACCCAGCUCGGGCCCCCCAGGAUGGAGCUGACUCAAGUGGCCCACCCCAGGACUGUGGGUCCCCAAGGAGCGACGGACCCCCAGAACCUAGGAGGUCAGGGUCUGAGCCAGCCACUGGGAGCCAAGAAAAGCUGGAUUUCAACAGGAAUUUGAAAGAAGUUAUGCCCACCAUUGAGAAGCUUCUGUCCAGUGACUGGAGAGAGAGACUUCUGGGAAGAAGCACUGUGGAAACCAAAGAUGUUAAAGGGACCCAAGAAAGCCUGGCAGAAAAGGAACUUCAACUCCUGGUUAUGAUCCAUCAACUGUCCACACUGAGGGACCAGCUCCUGACAGCCCACUCAGAGCAGAAGAAUAUGGCUGCCAUGCUGUUUGAGAAGCAACAGCAACAGAUGGAACUAGCCAGGCAGCAGCAAGAGCAGAUUGCAAAGCAGCAGCAGCAGCUCAUCCAGCAACAGCACAAGAUCAACCUCCUACAGCAGCAGAUACAGCAGGUCAACAUGCCUUAUGUCAUGAUCCCUGCGUUCCCUCCCAGCCACCAGCCCAUGCCUGUCACCCCUGACUCCCAGCUGGCACUACCUAUUCAGCCCAUUCCUUGUAAACCAGUGGAGUACCCGCUGCAGCUGCUGCACAGCCCCCCUACCCCUGCUGUGAAGAGGCCUGGGGCUGUCUCUGCCCACCACCCGCUCCAGGAGUCUUCACAGCCUCUGAACUUGACAGCCAAGCCCAAAGGUCCGGAGCUGCCCAACACUUCUAGCUCCCCCAACCUGAAGAUAAGCACUUGUGGUCCCCUCCCCUCCAACCAUGGGGCUCCCACCCGGGACCUCCAAGCCAGCCCACCCAGCCUGCCUCUAGGCUUUCUGGGUGAGGGGGAUGCCAUCACCAAAGCUAUCCAGGAUGCCCGGCAGCUGCUGCAUGGCCACAGUGGGCCCAUUGAGAGCUCUCCUAAUGCCUCUUACAGGAAGGACCUCAUCAACCUGGACUCAUCCCCAGCCAAGGAUCGGCUGGAAGAGAGCUGUGGGCACCAGCUAGAUGAGACCAUGCUGAGCUGUGACAUGGAUGGCUCCCGACACUUCCCCGAGUCCCGGAACAACAAUCACAUUAAGAGGCCCAUGAACGCCUUCAUGGUGUGGGCCAAGGAUGAACGGCGGAAGAUCCUCCAAGCCUGUCCCGACAUGCAUAACUCCAGCAUCAGCAAGAUUCUCGGCUCCCGCUGGAAGUCCAUGACAAACCAGGAGAAGCAACCCUACUACGAGGAACAGGCACGGCUGAGCCGGCAGCACCUGGAGAAGUAUCCUGACUACAAGUAUAAGCCUCGGCCCAAGCGCACGUGCAUCGUGGAGGGCAAGCGACUACGAGUGGGGGAGUACAAGGCCCUGAUGAGGAACCGGCGCCAGGACGCGAGGCAGAAUUACGUGAUCCCCCCACCAGGCAAUCAGAUGCAGAUGAGUUCCCCUGAUGUCCUGUACCCCAGGGCACCCGGAAUGCCCCUGGCACAGCCCCUUCUGGAGCACUAUGUGCCCCGGAGCCUGGACCCCAGCAUGCCUAUCAUUGUCAACACCCGAAGCCUUAAGGAGGAGAAUGAGGGCGCUGAGGACGGGCACUCCGUAGCUGACGGGGAGAUGUUCCGGUACAGCGAAGAAGAAGAUUCGGAAGUCGAGGAGAAGAGUGAUGGGGAGUUGGUAGUGCUCACAGACUGAGCUGGGCUCUGGGGCUCGUGCCCUCUCGCUUCCCCCAGGCAGAUCUUGAAAGGGGGAGACAGGAGGCUAACAAGGGUCUGUCCCCCGACCCUAUCGGGCACUACCAGCUGACCAGGACUGUGUAGGUACCUUGAUGGGGAUGUGUCCGGGAGAUGGGCACAGCUGUGCAUAUGUACAUACAUCUAUGCAGGGGAAGUGGGUCAGGAAAGGUUGUGUCCUACUCUAGGUUGUUUGGCCUCGAAGUAGGCAUCCUGUCUUGGGGGGCUUCAGAGCCACAGGGUUGGUGUGGACUUUAGGAAAACAGGGGGGCACCCGAGUUCCUGUAAAAGGGGAGUUCUGUAGACGGGCCCAGCUUCCCAUCAUUGACCAAGUAAUGCCACAAGUCCCCUGAUAUUCACACCUAGGAAGUUAUUAUAUGACUAGCACCCUCUACUCCCUCCCUAUUUGGGAUCCUGGUCCCUGCAGCCCCCUCCCCAUCCCCUCUUUUCUCAUCUCCCUUGCUCUGCUGGAAGGGCGGGGUCUACUUGGCGUGACCAUUUUAUCCAUCGCUCCCCACCCUCCGCCCUCUCCGUGCCCCACGUCUGGGACGGCAUACCUCCUAUCAUUCUUCGUCUACUUCCUGCAGGGCUUUCCCUCCCCUCCUAGGUCUUUUUCCAGGGUCUGUAUCUGCUGGAUGUGAGUGAGCCCAAGGCGGUGUGUGAGUCCCCCCUGACUUCCUCAUUCUCUCAUUCCUUUCUACUGGACUGGCUCCGUCUUGGUGUGUCCAGCCUAUGUGUGUAUCUGUGAGCCUGUUGGGUGUGUGUGUGUGUGUGUGCAUGUGGGUGUGUGUGAGUGUGCACGCACAUGUGUGUGUGUGCACUUGUGGCCCAUGUGUCCCCAUUCUGGGGGAUUCCUGUGUCUCAGGAUUCCUAGGGGAGGUUUCUUUCUGGGCCUCCCCAGCUUCUCUAAAUCUCUGGAUAGCUCUGCCAGUGAGCAUCAUCAGCCUCUUUGCCUUUUUGUAGCUCUCUGUGGGUCUCAGGUUCUCUUCCUUUUUUUGUGUUGGGUUUCUGUUUCCUUAUCGAUUUGCUUCUCCCUGGCAGGAUGCCCCCACCCUUCUGGAGCCACCCUCUGUGUCUGGACAUCUCUGUGUGUCUUUGGGUCUCAGUGUUUGGAACUGUCAGCCACCCUGACCUCCUCUCUCUCCUGUUCACUGACUGCCAGUCAAUUCCCACGGAGCCAUUUUUAGCUCUGAGACUCGUGAGAAUGAGCUGCAGCCUCUCCAAGGGGCUACCCAGCCCCCCAGCCCGAGGCUGCCCAACGUAGGCCCUGGUUCCCAGCCGGGGGGGAAGGGAAACGGGACCCUGUCCAGCAUCCUGGAAGCUGGGAUCCGGGGAGACUGGCUGAGGCCAGAAAGGCAGGUGCUAGGAGACCCUGGCUACCUGCGUCAUCCGGUCCUGGCCCUGCCUGAUAGACAAGGUCAGUUUGAACGAGGUUGGAAUGAUGGGCAUCAAAGAUUGCCCAAGGUGGCUGAGGCUGCUUCCAGAACUGGCCGGCCCUGCUGGCCUGGGAAGGGAAGGGUAUGUAUGUGUGAGUCACUUUGUUUAUUUGGGGGGGGGAGAUGAGAAGCCUCAGUUGCCCUUUCCCUCCCCUUCUUUCCUUUGGCUACGGUCCUUCCCUAUUCCUUUCUCCACACUCACCCUCCACCCCCUUGCCAUUGACCCCACCCCUUGGCUGGGGGACUUGACUUUGCCCAUGAUCAGUCUCUCAUUUUAUUUAUUUAUUUCCACCCCCAAGAAAGUCACAUCCCAUUGGAGAGGAAUGCUGAGGGGGCAGGGAGAACUCUAGGGGCAGGAGGAGGGGACUCAAUCCAGCUGGGACAGAUGUGGAAACCAAGCCUACCCUUUGUCCCACCCCCCUUCCGUUCCCCACCUCAGCCCCAUUCCUUAGCCCCCAUCUCUCUCCAGGGUUAUUCCUUUUUUAUGGCUGUAAACAUAGAUAGGGCUUUAUUUUGUUAAUAAGAUGAUGAUGAGUAAUUUAACCUGUAUAUUUCUCCUGACCUGUUUACAAUCUGGGGAUUUUUUUUCCGGUUGGCACAAUAAAGAGAGAACAUUUUGGAUCCUU